AUGGCUUCCUUACACGCUUACUACCAAAAUGUUAGGGGCCUUAGAUCGACAACUCAUGAGUUUUAUCGUAAUGUUGCAAUUAACAACUAUGAUCUUAUCUCAUUAACUGAGACCUGGUUAUUGGAUGGCAUAUUUGAUGCGGAAUUAUUCGAUGAUCGUUAUUGUGUUUGGCGUCGCGAUCGUGAUCUUAAUCGAACUAAACAAUCGCGAGGCGGUGGUGUGCUUAUAGCGGUAAGCAAGAACAUCGUAGCGGUAGACAAACCUGAGUGGCGUUCCUUAGCUGAAGAUGUCUGGGUUUCAUUGACGCUAUCAUGCCCUCGCUCUAAGCGCUACAUAAAACUUAACAUAUGUACUGUAUACCUUUGUAAAGAAAAUAUGGGUGCUUCCUUUUCUGAUCAUGUUAUUAACUUUUGCAAUACAUUAGAGUCACUUAUAUCACCAAAUCCUAAUGACAAAUUCCUCAUUAUAGGCGAUUUUAAUAUGAGUUCUAUUUUCUGGUCUAAUACUCAUACAGGUCUCGAAGCUUGCGGUGUUAAAGGUGAACAUGUGCAAUAUUUAUUGAAACUUUAA